UGUCCCUUGAACACAGCAGAUCACUGAUCAACGGAAAGGGCUGAGGAUCUCGAGAGAAGAGGAGAGCCAGUAAUCGGCAUCCCUCAGAGGGGACAUAUACACUGAUCAUCAGGGCACUGAUGAUCAGUGUGCCCUGAUGAUCUGUGUAGCCCCAGCAGCGCCACCUGUCAGUGUCCAUCAGUGCCAGCUCUCAGUGCUCAUCCAUGCCACCUGCUAGUGCCCAUCAGUGCCACAUUUCAGUGCCACAUAUCAGUGGCCAUCUGAGCUGCCUUUCAGUGUCACCCAUCAGUGCCAGUCAGUGCCACCUAUCAGUGCUGCCAAUCAGUGCCACCUAUCAGUGCCAGUCAGUGUCGCCUAUCCGUGUGCAUCAGUGCUGCCUAUCAGUGCCACCUAACAGU